AGCAACUAUCUUCUAUCUAGACGGCAUUUUCUCUGCAACUUCGUAUUUUGCUUUUCAUAUUUCACACUGUUUCAGUUCAGCCUUUUCCUAAUUUACAAACUUCCCAUCCCUUCGAUCGUAUCCCGGAGGAAAUUCGAGGAUUUAAACUUAUUUCUGGAAAGUUGCAUUCUUUCCGCAAAUAGCAAUCGGAGCUGACGCUAAAGAUUCCCUAUUUCUUCGUAGAGACAGAAAACUGAGUGAUGUAUUGAAGGAAUUGAAUCUGUAUUGAAGCAAGAUAAUUGGAUCUUUUUUCCGGAGGUGGAUAUAUUCCCUAUUUCUUCUUAGAGACAGAAAACUGAGUGAUGUAUUGAAGGAAUUGAAUCUGUAUUGAAGCAAGAUAAUUGAAUCUUUUUUCCGGAGGUGGAUAUGGAUAUAAUGGGCUUCUUUGUUAGAAGUUAGGAACCAGUUUUUCCCCAUUAGUUUUGUAGCUUUACUUCUACUUGCUUGUAAUUGUGGUUUGUUUAAUGGAUGAUACCAAGGAUGAUGUAAGAUAUCCCUCUAAUAUGUAUGGUGAUAAAAACCAUCAAGGUUAUGGCUAUCUGAAUCAUAAAAAACAUUCGGUUAGGAGUUCUCCUUAUUCCCAGCCAGUAACGGGUGAGUAUGUGGAAGAUAAUGAUGAUGAUGAGGAUGGAGAAGAUGUGGAACUUUUAGGAGACGAGGAAGAUGAGGAUGUUGAUCAGAGUAAUAAUAUUUAUUCACAAAAUGAUGUUGCUGACAAUGAUUAUGAGGAAGAUGCUCAGGUUGAAGAUGAUGAUGAAAAUCAUGGUAACAAUAACAACAAUGAUGAUGGCAAUGAUGGUGAUGGUGAUGAUGACAACGAAAAUCAUGGUGGUAAGAAGAAGAGUUACAAGAAGAGAGUUGAAGAUGAUUCAGAAUGGCAUCCAAAAAAGAGAAAGCUGAAAAGCUUGAUUUCAGCUUAUGAAGUUGCCCCUCGUGUGCCAGCAGCACCAUCAGCUGCAGCUCACUCAGCUCAGAAACCAUAUUUUGGUUCCAGGAAUUCACUUACCGACUGGACUGAACACGAGACGUUUGUUCUUCUUGAUGCUUGGGGGAACCGGUUUCUUCAACAGGGAAGGAAGAGUCUUCGGUCUGAGCAAUGGCAAGAAGUUGCAGAAGAAGUAUCAGAAGUUUCAAAAAUUGAAAGGACAGAUACCCAGUGUCGGAAUCGUCUAGACACAUUAAAGAAAAUGUACAAAAAGGAGAAAGCUAAAUUAGCAGAAAUGGUUGGUGGAUCUAGCAAAUGGGUCUAUUUCAAAAGGAUGGAUAAGCUGUUGUCUUCUCCUCCACAGAAUGCUGGUCUCUCUUGCGGUUUAGACUCAGGAGAGUAUGUUUUUAUGAACCCUAGAGUUUAUUUGAACCGUGCAAACGGGUUAGAUGAAAUGAGGGAUAGUCCAGGGAAUUCAGAAUCUACUGGUGAAGAUGAAGGUUUAGAUGGACUUCAUGCAAAGAAAAGAAGGCAUGGAAGGGACAGUGAUGAAACUUCCUUCAGAUUGCUUGCUGAAUCGAUUCAGAAAUUCGGUGAGACAUAUGAGAAGAUUGAAAAUAGUAAAAGGCAGCAGAUGGUGGAACUGGAAAAGAUGAGAAUGGAUUUCCAAAGAGAAUUGGAAACACAGAAGAGGCAGAUAUUAGAGAGAUUGCAAUCUGAGAUUGCAAAACUGCAGCAGAGAGAUAAUGAGGAGAAUGAUGAUUCUGUGGAGAAGGAUGAGUAAUGUUUAUGCCUUUAGCUCCCAGUGUCACGUAAGAUGUAGACAGCUAUCUAUUGUAUAAUAUUUGAGGCAUUUUCCCCCGUUUUAGAGUUUUCUUGUUAAGCUGUACACUCGUCAGGAAUGUUACAAUAUAGUAGAAUGAAAACUGUAUAGUUAUUAUCAUGUUAUCACGGCUUGUGCUCAACAGUCCAUACCAUUCUAGUCUAUUGCCUUUAUGUGAAAGAUUUGUAUGGAGUUUAUUUGUAGUUGAUGGAAGCCUGUUUUG